UUAACAGUACUCUUUUGUUUACAAUGGUAUGCAGACCUCGUUGGUCUUCAUGAAGCCGAUCGUCCACGGGGGAUUGAACCGCCGCCACUCCCAUGCGACGCCGGCGAGGUCCUCGGGAAUCGCAUGGCCCGCGGCGCGCGCGCGGUCCGCGAGCCUGAGCGCGCGCGCCUUGGCGUCCGCCUCGGACCAGCUACCCGUGUAAUGCUCGACGACCAUGGUCUGCGCCGGCCGCGGUACGAGCCGAACGCCCUCGGCCGUCGGCUCCGGCGCGUCUUUUAUGGCCGACGGGAGCACGAACUGCAUGCGCAUCGCGUCGCCCGCGUCGGGAAUGGACACGACGGGCGCGGUCAUCGAGAUGGCUUCGCCACGCGCGUUCUGCGGCUUGCUCAUGACGCCGAUAUACUUCGCGAGGGCUCCGAACGCCUGGUUAUUGGCGUCGCUCGCCUCGACCGCCGUGCCGGCGGCGUACCGUCUUACCUCGAAAUUGUCGCCCGUCGCCAGCACCUCGUACGCGGGCGUCUCCUCGGUGAUGCGUCCGACGACACUGCCCAUGAUGCUGCGUCGCGUGACCAGCCUGGCCACCCGGUGCAUAGGACGCGGCAGUCGCACUGGCGCACAGAGAGACCACUUUUGCUCUCCGGUGGUGUGUGGCCGUGCAGCGCAAACGAUGGUCUGCACCGUGGCCGUGCAGGCAGCGCACAGUGCCACAAAAGUCCAAAAAACUGCCAAACAAUGAAAAGCGCACGAAUGCGAUAACACCGGCCGCGCAAAGUUGCG